CUGACACAGUUUGUCUCUGAGAUCUUGUCAUAUUUUAUUACCAUUUUUUAAACUAUAGUGAAUAAACUGUAAUAAUGAAUGAAAUGUUCAAGGUGACUGAAUACAUUUUGGUUUGACUGUAUCAGAUCAUUCUGUCAGUGAAUCUGCUGAAUGAUGCACAGAUGAGCUUCUUCCUUUGACCAUUCAAACAUUUAUUUCUCUGCUGCUGUCUUUCUGCGUUAUUUAUCUUGCGGUCAUCUGAAAUGCAUCACUUAUGCACCAUGUAUUUAUUAUUCUCUCACUUCCUCUUUCUUCUCUGCAUGGAAUAUAACGCUUUUAGGAUCGAUGAGCUGUAACUCUCUUCCCCCUACAGGGAUUGACAGAUAAUUUCAUUUUCUCAUUGUGCAUCAUUGGAUUGCAUUGCUUUUGCCUUUGCGUGCGUGCGUGCGUGCGUGUGUGUCCGUGUGUGUGUGUGUGUGUGUGUGUGUGUACACGCAGAGACCCUCCUCCCAAUCAGAAUGGCCCUGCGCACCCCCUCCCCUCUGCCACUCUCCUCUCCCUCCAUAUGUGCAAGGAAGAUGGUUGCAACCAGCGUGGGCCUGUUUUUAAUGUCGCACAUCCUGCCGUGAUCCCACCGGGAGCAAGAGGAGGAGAAGAAUCAUUCCAUUCAGUUCCUGUUGUGAGAGGAAGAGACCUGGAAGCAGCCAGAGCAGAGAGAACAGAAAUUAUUACUCCAGCUGUCUCCAGCAUGCAGCACCACUCAUCUGAGGUGGCCCGUCUGUAUCAGACCGAGUUCAUCCGGAGCGCCCGGGCGGUGGGCGUGCUGUGGGCCAUCUGCACACUCUGCUUUGCUGUUAUCGAGGUGGUCAUUCUCAUCCAGCCAUCCUGGGUGGGUACACGAGAGCUUCACUACCGUGGAGGGGGACCGGCCCCUCCGACUGGGACACUCGGCCUCUUUGAAGUCUGCGUGGAGACUGAUUGGCCCGUCCCAGACUGCCGGGGGUCUCUUCACACCCUGACCCCACUCCCUGCCUUCCAGUCUCCCGCUGUGCUGGUGUGCAUGUCUCUCACCAUGGUGUGGGCCAGCGUGGGCUGCCUGUGUCUGUUCAGGUUCUGCAACGCAGCAACGGUCUAUAAGAUAUGCGCUUGGCUGCAGCUCACAGCAGGCUUCUGUUUGGCCCUGGCGUGCGUGUUGUUCCCAGACUCCUGGGCGUGUGCUGAGAUGCGGGCGCUGUGCGGGGAGCGUGUGAGUAGUUUCUCCCCAGGGAACUGCUCCGUGCACUGGGCGUACAUACUGGCCAUGCUGGGGGUCCUGGAUGCCGGCAUACUGUCCAUGCUGGCUUUUGUAUUAGGGAAUCGCCAAGAUGCCCUGCUGCCAGAAGAUGCCAAGGAUGGUGAUGUGACUGGCUUGUUACUGGCAGCAUAAAAGAGGCCUGAUCUGUUCUCAACAGUCAGAAACUGCUGGUGGCUGUUUCAUCACGUCGUCUGUGAACUUCACUCUCGACAAAUAAUGAUGGCAUAAAACGUGUGAAGAGAUGCUUCUCUCUUCCCCCUCAGCAUGAUGUCAUCAUCCUGUGAAGUCAGCUUACAUAACCUGUCUGGGUAGAAACAGUCACCUGGCAACAGUAUCCGAGUCCUUUCUCCCCUGACAGAGGAACAUUAGUCUGAUCUUAUAAUGGUGGCUCUAAAUAGAGAAGAGGAAAGGUUAUGUUCUUUAGUGCAUUUCUAUUAGAGUUAUAGUCCAGGUCUCUGCGACCUCGUACGAUGCACAAACAGAUCAAGUGAAUGUGGUUUCCAAUUAAAUGAUGUUUGAUGUUUGGUUCUGUGUUCUGGACAUUUCUUGUGCAUGAAUUUAAAUUGAGAUCUGAAGAUGAACAGUCACAGUUUCAGUAUUACAAUUCUGUAAAAUCUGUUUAAUUAGUUUUAUUGUUGACCUAUUUAUUUUCUUAAUGCAUGCGUCUGGUCUGUGUGUGUGUGUGUAUAUAUAUAUAUAUAUAUAUAUAUAUAUAUAUAUAUAUAUAUAUAUAUAAAAUAUACACACACACACACAGUACUGGUCAGAUGUUUGGAAAAUUACAGCAUAUUAGAAUGAUUUCUGAAGGAUCAUGUGACACUGAAGACUGGAGUAAUGGCUGAUGAAAAUUCAGCUUUGCAUCACAGAAAUAAAUUAUAUUUUAAAGUAUAUUAAAAUAGAAAACCAUUAUUUUAAAUUGUAAUAAUAUUUCACAAUAUUACUGUUUUUUCUGUAUUUUUGAUCAAAUAAAUGAAGGCUUGAUGAGCAGAAGAGACUUCUUUCCAAAUCUAUUUUAAUUAAGAUCCAGUCCACUCACUUUGUAUACAGUCCAGUGAACAAAUAAUGUUCCCACCCUAGAUAUAUAUAUUUUUGUUGUUGCUUGAUUGCUGUUUCACAUGGAAAUGUCAUAAUAUGGUUGUAAAGUUGAAUACAACUUCUGUUUCAUGCCGAUUUUAAAACUGCAUGUCGCUGUGCUGUAUUGCGAGUCAUCUUCACCUAUCGUUAUAUAUAACAAGUCCUUGUCUUAGUCGAGACUCUUAUGUGAUUUUAUUAAGCCAAUGCAUUAAUUGUUAAAUAUGAUGUAAUUUCUAAUCCACUUCCAGUUUAAAAGCAAUGCACAGUUCUAAACAAACUUUUGGUGUUCACAUACAUUUUAUUAGCACGUACAGUGAUUUUUGUUGUUUGACAAAACUUGCAGUGCAGAGAUAUGUAUUUUUGUACAAGAUUUUAUGACUGCACGAAAAGCGUUUAUAUACUCAGAGCCACGAUUUCCUUCACAAAUAGUCAGAUUACAAACCCAGAGGGCAGGAAGUUGGGACAGUGAUUAGAUAGUAUCAGACAGAGUAUUUCAAAGCCAAGUCAAGGAGGACAAAAUAACAUUUUAUCAAGCUUGGAUAGGAUGCAAAUGACAUUACGAAGAUGGCACACCACUUUAACAGCCAAUCAGAGAAAGAGAGGACAGGAAACUCACUGUUUGACAUUUAGACGGGCUCUUUCUGAGUCUAAACUCACGUAGUGCUGCUUAUUGCUGGAUAAAGCAGCAGAUCUGAUGUGUUGUGCUGUUUAAACCUGUACCAGAUAUCUUCUGCAAUAAAAAUAAUUAAGAGA